AUGGCUCACAGCUUCACACAGGAGUAUUUUCAGAUCCCCGUGGUGACCCGAGCAUACACGACCGCCUGUGUCCUCACCACCGCUGCCGUGCAACUUGAAGUCAUCACCCCCUUUCAGCUCUACUUUAAUCCAUACCUCAUCAUCACAAGAUACCAGAUAUGGCGCCUGAUUACCAGCUUCCUCUUCUUUGGUUCUCUUGGAUUCAGUUUCGUGUUCAACAUCAUCUUUCUUUAUCGAUACUGUCGGAUGCUGGAGGAAGGCUGUUUCCGGGGAAGGACGGCUGAUUUUGUUUUCAUGUUCCUGUUUGGAGGAAUCAUGAUGACUCUGUUCGGUCUGUUUGCCAACGUCUUCUUCCUGGGUCAAGCCUUCAUCAUCAUGCUGGUGUAUGUUUGGAGUAGAAGACAUCCGCUCAUACGCAUGAACUUCUUUGGGCUCCUGAACUUCCAGGCACCAUUUCUCCCCUGGGUGCUCAUGGGAUUUUCGCUGCUGCUCGGAAACUCCAUCGUGGUCGACCUGCUAGGUAUCAGUGUCGGACACAUGUAUUACUUCCUGGAAGACGUGUUUCCAAACCAGCCAGGAGGAAGAAAGCUGCUGAUGACACCAGAACUUCUGCGGGCCAUGUUUGACCGGCCAGAAGACCCAGACUACCUUCCCCUACAAGAAGAGCAGGGUGGAGAUCUGCAGCAAUACGAGGAGCCGCACAACUAAUUACUCUAAGAUUCCAGAAAUCAGGAGAAACCAGCUGUCAGAAACACAGACAGGCAGUCAGGAUAUGAUUUGUGGAGCCAUGAGUCCUUUCACAGUUAAGAUAGACUUAAAGUCAGCAUCAUGAAAGUGUUAUUUGUGUUUUUUUUACCCAAACAUUUUGGAGUUCACAUUCACACUAAGCAUGUUUAGUUUAACUACUAGUUGUUCAUUUGUAAUAGUAGCACAGAGAUGGCUGAAAAAAGUCUCAGUUCUCGACUAAGUAGACUGAGCUCCAGUUUCUUUAGGACAGAACAAGAAAUGAGAAAUAACCCAAAAUUCAAAGGAUUAUGGGCAGAAUGAAGACAGACGCUUGCUGUUCUUGGAAAGCAGCGCAGCCCUGUGGAGUAUUUGACCACCACUCAGAGCAGUGUUUUUAUGAGUGGGUCCCCGUUUUGUUGGUAUUACGCACAAGCACGCGAGCGACAUGACACAGUGCGCCAACAAAGGAAGUGAAGAAGAACACCGCCAGCAAGUAAAGGCAGAUGUAAACAAUACUGGAUUUAAAAAACAUCUCUGCAAAUGUUUUAUGAUGAAGAAAAAGUACUUAGCACAUUUGUUAGACCUUGUUAGAACACACAAUGAGCUCUGGUCAGUAACGCUGACUGUAAACAGAAACUUUGUUUCAACAGGGCACCUUUAAAAGUCCACUUACUAGAUUUUUUUUUAAACUUUCAACCGUAUCUCAUGGUCUUCAUCCAGGCUGAACACAUGACCUAAUGUUCGCUAUAUAAUAACAGGUGAUCGUAUAAGAAGGUAAAUUGUAACCCCUACUUCUGAAGACUGUGAAACACAUGGGAUAAAAAGCCACUAAGCGAACAUUUGAGUGGAGGUUUUUCUGUCACAUGUUCUGUUUUAGGUCAGAAAUGAUGUUAAAGACCACAAGCAAGUUUAUAAAAGUUGCAAGAACUGGAACCAAAUUUGCAUUGAUGCCCCAAAACGUGAUAAGAAUCCCAAACCUGCCGAGAAGACAGACACUGAUUCACUUGACUCUCA